AUGAAUGAAAUUUCAGCUGAACUAUACAGUACUACACUAAUUGAUAAAGAUUAUAGGGAUGUAAUUUUUGAAUCAAUAGAUAUACUAAAAAAUUUGAACAGAAAAUUCGACCUAAUUAUCGAUAUUGGCUGCGCUGAGGGCGGUCUAACAAAAUUGUUGGCCAAACAUGUGCCGCACAAACAAAUUGUGGCCAUCGAUGUUGUACCCGAUUUGAUCAGUUUUGCCGAAAAACAUAACAACGACCAGUCAAUUGAUUAUAAAUUGGCCGAUAUGUCGGUCGAUUGGGAACAGUUGCCGUCGAGUAUUACUAAAUUGAAGGAAACGGUUGAUUUGGUUUUUUCAAGUUUUACCUUACAUUAUAUGAAAGAUAAACAACAGGUGAUGAACUUAAUAUGGAAAUUGUUGGCACCGGGAGGUAUAUUCUAUGGUAAUCUAUGUUGUAUACCGGAUCUGAAUAAGAAAUUGUUGCCAAAAGACAACGACAACAAUUCAAUUGAUGAUAACUGGUAUCCGACAGUUGAAAAUCAGAUGAAAGAUUAUGAACAGGCAUUAGCUGUCAAUGGAUUUGUGGUCGAAAAGUUCAAUCGUAUCGAUAAAGUUUGGGAAACAAAUCGCAAGGAUGUUAUAGAAAUGAUGCCAGUUUUGUUCAACGAUUAUAAGUUAUUUUAUCCAAAACCAAUGGAUCAAUUUGAUAAAGAGUUUCGCACUAAUAUGUUGGACAUUGUUUUCAAUGCCUAUACCAGUCCAGCAAACGAACCACCCGUUCCUAAUGCUUGGCAACAAUUUUUGGCCAACGAUAACAUACAGGAGCUUAAGGUCUAUACAACCUAUUUGCAAGUUGUGGCCAAAAAAUUGGAAAACUAA